AUGCCUCUUCCUAUCGAUGAUCCCAGGAUUCGUCUGUUAAAGACCGCCUUCGUCAUCUAUGACCAUGAAGAUCUGGACAAGGCAGACCAGUUCUUGAACGACUUUGGUCUAACAGAAGUAGAGAGAAGCGAAGACGGGAGCCAAAUAUUUUACAAAGGCUACGGACCAGAUCCAUUCGUCUAUCUCGCACGCAAAGCCUCAACCUCAUCCUUCGGUGGCGCAGCGUACUCUGUCGAGAGCAGGACUGAGCUCGGGAAGGCAGCGAAGAUUGAAAAUGCUAGCCCCAUCUCAGAGCUCAAAGCACCUGGAGGAGGCGAGAUAGUCACCUUGACCGACCCGGCCGGUUUUCAUGUCCAUCUUGUGUAUGGUGUCCGACAACGCGAGCCUGGGGAGUUGAAGCUGGAGAAACUCACUGUCAAUUUUGAGGACGAGAAGCCACGACGUGGAAAAUUCCAACGUUUCAAACCUGGUCCUGCACCUGUCUUCAAAUGGGGCCAUUACGGAGUCACAUAUCCUGAUGGAGGCUAUGACAUGAUGUAUGACUGGUACACCAAGCAUCUCGCGCUUGCACCGUCAGACAUUGUCUAUCUGGGCGAGAAACCUAUCACCGUCUUCUUCCAUAUCGACCGCGGAGAAGAGUAUACCGACCAUCACGCUUUCUUCUUCAAGCGCACGAAGCCCGAUGAGAAGCCUCAUGUAGCCCACGCUGCUUUUGAGGUACACGACUUUGAUGUUCAGCAGCUCGGUCAUGAUUAUUUGACCUCCAAAGACUACAAGUUGUGCUGGGGUGUGGGUCGACAUGUGCUGGGAAGCCAAGUCUUUGAUUACUGGUUCGACACUAGUGGGUUCAUUGUUGAGCACUAUGCAGAUGGUGAUUUGGUCAACAAUGCUUCAGAGGUCUCGCAUGAACAGGCGGGACCUCAGGCACUUUCCGUGUGGGGGCCGCCUGUACCACCUGUGUUUUAG